AUGCUUACCGAACAGUUCACCACCGUUCAACAAAACGCGCGCAACAUGCCCCCGGCCAGUGGCAUGACGGCUGUCGAGAUCGUCGCCUAUUUCGUUGAUGGUCGGAUGCCCGGCACAUACCUUACGAUCGACUCUCUUGUGCAUCUCAAGGCGCAGGGUAACAAGACGCAGACCCGCAUCAAUGAGAUGUCUGUGGAGCUGAAAGAAGCGCUCAUCUUCGAAGUCAACAGCGUCUAUUCCGGGGCAUAUGCCCUGAUGAAUCUGUUGUCAUCAAACGCUUCGAUUGAUGUGAUGGUCGACCAGUACGCCGAAAUGGGAAUCAUGGCCCCCAAUCCGAAGGAGCUCCCCAAGUACGUCGUCCGCCAUGGGAUCGUCGAUGAGGUGCUCGGAUCGAACGGCGGCCUUAUGCGCGAGAUCAUCGACAAGUCCAAGAGGGCCUGCGACCCUUAUGGGUGUGUCUGCCCGGCCGGUCUUCAGGAAAGCCGCACCCACUUCGACAUUUUCCUCGGUGCGAUUCUGAAAUCCAAGGCGAAGUUGCGAUCCGCCAAGAUAAAAAUGAGCCUCCUGGUCACGCUGCUCGACGAGCACAUUGAACAGCUGGGGUUCGUCUACGAGGAGGCCGUCGCCGUUCGCGGGCGCGACGACAAGCUGUGUGAGUGGCAGAAGAAGCUGGGCGAUCAGCCGCUGGUGCGCCAGCAGAGUCUGUCCACUAUGUGCAUGUGCAGCACGGGCGCCGAGGGCGCCGAAGGCGCCGAGAAGGAUGAGGACACCGAGAAGGACGAGGACACCCAGGUCCAGUCCGACCAGAUCGCCUCCUGCCACACAGGCCUUAUCGAG